CAGCAUCCUGCAGGAUCUAUGAUUAAUCGAUCUUAUCGCGGGGCGCUCCGACACCGCAGUGGCUGGAUCCUGAGAAAACCACCCCGCGCCAAUCGCCACCAAGACUUUGUCAUCCGAUAAUGGAUUAUCAAGCAGGCGAUCCGCCACUUUUUCAUCAAAGAAAGCUUCCUUCUGUGCAAACCAAUUUGACACACCUAUCUGUCUUCAUAUCUCUUAGAAGAAGCUGGUCUUCACAAUAAUGGCGCCGUCUGUGAUGGAGCCGGUGGCAGCGUUCGAUGUGCCAACCAAGGUGGCGCCGAACCUCGUUGCUCCGGAACCAGAGCACUGCCCUGGACCCGAGUCAGAGCAAGCAGGAAAAGGCGAUGCCUGCGCUGGUUGUCCCAAUCAAGCCAUUUGUGCCUCUGCGCCCAAGGGCCCCGAUCCCGACAUCGCUAUCAUCACCGAGCGUCUGUCUCAAAUCCGACACAAGAUCCUUGUACUAUCCGGCAAAGGCGGUGUCGGCAAAUCCACAUUCUCCUCGCUCCUUGCACAUGCAUUUGCAUCGAACCCUGAAUCCACCGUCGGCCUCUGUGAUACGGACAUUUGCGGACCCUCCAUCCCCAAGAUGAUGGGUGUUGAGUCGGAGACAAUUCACGUCAGCAACGCAGGCUGGAGUCCGGUGUGGGUGACCGAUAAUCUGAGUGCAAUGAGUAUCCAAUUCAUGCUACCGAACAGAGACGACGCAAUCAUCUGGAGGGGCCCAAAGAAGAAUGGAAUUAUUAAGCAGUUUCUGAAGGAUGUAGACUGGGGCGAGUUGGACUACCUGAUUGUCGAUACGCCGCCUGGGACUUCGGACGAGCACUUAUCGGUGAACUCACUUCUAAAAGAGUCUGGCGUGGACGGAGCGGUGGUUGUUACGACCCCUCAAGAAGUAUCGCUUCUCGACGUCAGGAAGGAGAUUGAUUUUUGCCGCAAGGCUGGCAUUCGUAUCCUGGGCCUAGUCGAGAACAUGCGGGGGUUCGUCUGCCCAGGAUGCUCUAAUACAUCGGAGAUCUUCCGUGCUACGACAGGAGGUGGCAAACGACUGGCUAAAAAGAUGGGCAUUCCAUUCCUGGGUUCAGUUCCUCUUGACCCAAGAGUUGGAAUGGCUUGCGACUACGGUGAAAGCUUCGUGGACAACUUUCCGGACAGCCCAGCGUCAAAGGCCAUCAAGCAGGUUGUACGGUCGGUUGGUGAAAUGCUUGGCGAGGAUCCAAAUAAAGUGCUUCCGCCUGACGAUAAUGAUAUGGUGGAGUGAUUCAUAUUUCGGUCGUCCUGCUUUGCUUCUACUGUGCGGUGCAUUUGAGCUGGAAUAGCGUGCAUUGUGAGUUUCUUGACUACGGCGUUUUGGGCAAGCAUGAUUUGAUACCACCAUUUCAAUAUGAGGCAUUCGCAUGAUGAGAGACACUCAUUGCUCUUACCAACGAGAAGGCACCGGACAUCAGCAUUCGUAUAAGGCGUGUAGUGUAUACUCGUCUCGUUCUACACCUGCUAUCUAGGAUCCACACCAUGUAUAUCUGAUAAGCGACGCUAUCGAUUGUAGGCAC